AAUCAUUACGUAGUGCUGCCUUUUGUGUGUCUUGUGAGCCUGUUGACACCGCCCCUCCAGAGGGUGCAGCGGAACCGUAAGAAGCCAAUUGUCGGUUAGGUCUGCUGGCUGUAAACAAAUCUGUACGAUGUACGGAAAAGGUUUGAAUCCCGAGGAGCAGCUGUCCACGCUGUCGCCGCCGCUGCUAUCGUCCACCAUGUAGACCCGGCGCCUACAGUUUACAGUCCGGGGACGGAUCGACGGUUGAUUGUUGCCUCUUAGCCAGACCUGUCAUUGCUUUAGCCGGUGUUAUCACAGGUAUUUUUAUCUUAACGGUUGUCACAAUGGAUUGUACAUCAAAGCUAACUCGCUAACUGUUAGCUAACCGCAUGAAUCUGACUGUUUCGGUACCGAGCCUCACCAGCUUUACUAAUUUCAGAGGUACACGAACAUGGCAUCGCCCGCAGAGCACGACCUGGCGCUGUCUGAGGCGGACAGCAGCAAAGAGAAAGCUCAGGUGUUUGGCAUUUUGAGGCUGCAGGAGGAGAAAUCUGGGGAUAGAGCUAACAGCACUUGCACAGUGAGAGGAGGAGGAGGAGGUGGUGGUGGAGGAGACGGGCGAUGGCAGGCUCCUAUCUUCGCUUUGGCCAGGAAAGCAUCCGAGACCAUUUCAGGGAGCAUUCACGUCCUGCCCAAAGUGUCGGAGCACAGGACGUCUCUGCCUGGGGACUGGACCGUCCAAGCCCUUCGAGACCCCAUGGCCAUGGAGCGAGCCAAUCUGCUGAACAUGGCCAAGCUGAGUAUUAAAGGGCUGAUCGAGUCGGCGCUGAGCUUUGGACGAACUCUGGACUCAGACUACCCUCCUCUCCAGCAGUUCUUUGUCGUCAUGGAGCACUGCCUCAAACAUGGCCUCAGAGUGAAGAAGUCCUUCCUGGGGUUUAACAAGUCUCUGUGGGGUCCUCUGGAACUGGUGGAGAAGCUGUGUCCUGAAGCAGCAGAGAUCUCCGCCUCUGUACGAGACCUGCCUGGACUUAAGACUCCAUUAGGCAGGGCCAGAGCUUGGUUGCGUCUGGCUCUCAUGCAGAAACGGCUGGCUGACUACCUACGACUCCUCAUCACCAGAAAAGACCUGCUCAGUGAUUUCUAUGAGAAUUCAGCACUGAUGUUGGAGGAGGAGGGAGCAGUAAUAGUGGGCCUGCUGGUGGGCCUGAACGUCAUUGAUGCUAACCUGUGUGUCAAAGGCGAGGACCUGGAUUCUCAGGUUGGGGUGAUUGACUUCUCCAUGUACUUGAAGAACGACAUUGAUGACUACAGGAGUGAAGAGCGGAAUAGCCAGAUAGCAUCCAUCUUGGAUCAGAAGAACUACGUCGAGGAACUUAACCGACAACUCAACUCCACAGUUCAUGGUCUUCAGGGCAGAGUGGACUCACUAGAGAAGUCCAACUCUAAACUCAUAGAGGAGUUAGCCAUAGCCAAGAACAACAUCAUCAAACUCCAGGAAGAGAACCAGCAGCUGAGGAGUGAAAACAGUCUCAUUCUGCUGAAGGCACAACAACAUUUAGAGGUAACCCAAGGUGAUGCGACAGUGGAGAGAGAUACGUACAAACAAUCGCGUCAGGGGUUGGAUGAGAUGUACAACGAGGCUCAAAGGCAACUAAAGGAGGAGUGUCAGCUCAGACAGGAUGUAGAGAAUGAGCUGGUCGUCCAGGUGUCGAUGAAACAGGAAAUGGAGCUGGCCAUGAAACUUCUGGAGAAAGAUAUUCAUGAAAAGCAGGACACACUGAUCGGACUGAGACAUCAACUGGAUGAAGUCAAAGCCAUCAACGUAGAAAUGUACCAGAAGAUGCAGUCUUCUGAUGAGGAGAUGAAGAAGAAGAACGACGUGAUCACUCGUCUGGAGGAGAAGACCAAUCAGAUCACUGCCACCAUGAAGCAGCUGGAACAAAGUGAUAAGGAUCUGCUAAGUCAGACCAGAACGCUUGCUAUGUCAUUUGUUAAGUGUGCCAGCACAGACACAGAGCACCAGUACAAGCUAGUCAAGGACAUCUCCUUCUGAGGACAAACAUGCACAUACCCACGCAAAACGCAGACACACGAUUGCUUACGACCGAAUGAAUAAACUGACUUAACUUAAAGGAACAUUCCUGUUUUUUGCACUUAAUAUUCAGAUGGUUUAAUGGCUGGGGAGCAGCCGCAGAAUCAGGUGAAACUUGAAUGCAUGGUUUAGUCCCUUUUUAAUUACUGAAACAUGAUCAUCAUCAGCAGAGUGAGACCACUGCAACAUGUUUUUAUGAACUUAAGUUAAAUCGUCCUCAGACAACCUUGCUGGUUUAUGAUAAGGGGAGAUAAGUUUCCUCUGAAUGUCCCGGUUUAGCUGGUCAGAGAACUGUCUGAAUAUUACAUCAGUUAUACUUUAAUAGAAACAUUUUUAAUUAAUCAUAUACUACUUUAUCUAUCCACUCACAUGCUCAACCUCACACACAUACACAUGCUACACAUUCUUCCUGUCUCCAGUAGUCAGUUUAUAUGCAGUAACACUGACAGUAAGAUAGUUGACUCUGAGGUGUAAUCACAGGGUCGUUGUUGUUGUUGUUUACAUUGAGUUAGAAUGAGUAUAGUGGGCUUUCCCGUUGUAUCACCACUUCUUAAUCUGGCAACAUUCAGAGCCACUGGUUAACAGAGUUGUGUCACUGUAGUGUUUAGGGACUGUACAACAGUUAUUGGGGUAGGGGAGCUGUUGCUAAACUUACUGUUGCACUUUGUAAAAGCAAGACCCCUCCCAGCGUUGAUAAUAUUUUCUUUGGAUUCCUCGUCAAAAUGACGUCAGAAAGACGUUAAAUUUUGUUUGGAAAUAUUUUAAAGGUCUAACGAUGUAAGACAUUUUUCAGACACUGGGCUUUGUUCUCCAACCCUUACGACUAAAUGUCCGUAUUCUACGUCAAAAUGAUGUUGGUAUGAAACGUUCAGAAGACAUUUGAUUUUGGUUGCUUAACAACACAACUUUAAACCAACAAAAUAUCAACAUCAUCUCUCGUCAGUAUUCUACAUCAAUUGACACUGGUAUUAGACGUUGUCCUGACAUUGAAUCAUGGUCACUUGACGUCACAACCUAAAUUCAACCAAAUAUCAACAUCUAAGGCUUACAGACAACAUCUAGUACAUCCAAUUCAUUUUGCUAAUAGUAUCUAAAAUUGCACAAUGAAUGUGCAACAUUUCUCAAUGGAGUAAUAAUUUUCAUGUAGCUAAAAGCACAAUAGAUAGUGUAAUUGCCAGUUGCCACUAUUGAAGCAAACCUAUCAAACUCAUAUGUCCUGGUUACAAAAAUGUUCCCGCCAUUACUGUUUGUUUUUUUUUAACCAAAAGUUGUCACUGUCACUUUAUGACACUUAAACAUUUUUGACAUAUUUUAAUUCACUGUCCUGUGCUUUCAGUUUAAAUGCUGAAUAAAGUGAAAUGUCAUAUUCACUGGAGAGAUGGAGAGUUUAGUCACUUACAAUACUCCUGCCACUCUCCCAAAAAGUUUAGACUGAAAUCCCCUCAGCAGAAAUAAAAAAAUGUGCAACCCUCCCCACUUUCUGGACUCCCCCCUAAUAAUGACUGUACUGUCCCUAAGUGGCAUCCAUAGUGGCUCUGCAGAGGUUGUUGAGUAACUUGUUGUUUCAUGCUUGGCUGUUUUUUAACCUUAAUGGAGCUGACAGUGUUUGGGUCCAAAGCACGAGCAGGAACAUAAAUCUCAUAAGCCUACACAAACUGUUUGUAUAGCUGCCUAUAUUUCAUCACAGUCAGUCAGUGGUGUUUGCUACAGAUGUUUAGCAUGGAUGGGAAGAAUUUAUUGAUAUUAAUGCCAUUAUCGAUUCUACGUAUCACUCUGAUUCUUUAUCGAUUCCCUUAUUGACUCCUGAUCAAUUUUCUGUGUGGGGAAAAAGUAGGCCUACACAGGUUUUCAGCAUCAGUGCAAGUAUUUUAUUAUCUCUGAGUGUAAACACAGUGUAGAUUAAAUUAAUAUUUGUACAGCAUUUGUUUUCAUAUAGGUUUUUUUAGUCAGAGAAAAAUCUACUGAUCCUACCUGUGUGGCGCUAAUGUUAGUACGUGUGUCAAAUACAUGGCAUUCAUGGAAUUUAAGCCCAUGUUGCAUAGAAAGUUGUUUUAGUGUAUUGCUGGUGUUUCCACCAUGACCUGAAGUAUCAUUUUAUAGAUAUUACAAACAGCACUGAAGCCAUGCAUUGGACUGUUUCUCUGCCAUGACUCCUUCUUGUUGCAAGUUUCCAGCAGCGUGGAAGCUUUAGUUUGACGUCAUUGUGGUACAAUACACAACUGUCAGAAAAACAUGGCAGCGUCGAUAAAAGGAAUUGAUAAGCACAGAGACGUACGAUUCAGAUGGAUCAGACACUUUGGAACUGGUUCUCAACUGGAACCGGUGCUCAGUUCCCAUCCCUGAUGUUCAAUCAGACAGGAGUUUGCCUGUGCAGCCUCCUGCUUUUAAUUUGUUGCCAGUUUGCUCUGCAUGUGUUGCACCUCCUGACCUGCUUCUGACUGGCUGUGAUGACUCUCGCUGUGUCUGAAACCAGUCCCCUCUUCACUCACUCAGUAUUCUCUUACUUAAAAUAGUUUCUAGUGAGCAGAAAAUAAAGAUACCUGGCACUUACCAUUGUCAUUUUGCAUCAUCUCUGACAGGUAAUGUUAUAAAAUGUUACAAGCAGAAAGAAGGUCACAUGAUAUGGAUGCUACUUUUUUCGCUUUUAGAAUUUUUGAGGAUAGCGGAUUUCACACUCAGACGAGUGGGUAAAUCUAGUGCAGUCUACAGUGAAAAGCGAGUGAUUUCAGACACAGCCCAUCUCCUCCUUGUGUAGAUUUGCCUGAACUGAAAACUUAAAGAUCGAGUCAGGUUUUGCAAAUGUAUACAGCUCAGUGGGACCAGCAGCUUUAGCUCAAAUCAUGUGCUUUGUUUCUGCAAAACAGACAGAACUGAGCCAAGUGUUAAAAAAAAAAAAAAAAAAAAAAAAAAAAAGUAAACCUCUGGAGUUUCUCUCAAGGGAACUUGGUGUGUCGUUGUGUCUUGUCUUGGCAUAUUUAUUGACUUUUGUGAUAGAUCAGGAAGUAAUCAUUCUACCUAUUCUAACUCCAUGUUCAUAGUACUGUAACUCCUCUCAGUUUAUAGACGAAUACACACUCAGUACAGCUGUUGGAAACUCACAACUACUGUCUUUUACCACCGUUACCAAUAAAGUUAGAUGUUUUGAAA